AUGAUUACAGACGCCCAACUCUACUCACUGGCUAUCUUCCUCGGAAGCGCCGCCAUGCUCCUCAUCGUUCUCUACCACUUCCUCGAAGUCAACUCCGAAGACCAUGCCGCACUCGAGAAGCCAAGGGUCGUAGCCAACAAGGUUAAGGCGUAG